AUGAACAUUCACUCAUUCUCAAUCCCAUCUAUAAUUUUCUCUCUCCUCAUAACAUCCACUUACAGCAGUCAUAAUGAUUAUGUAGACCUUUUCACAGGCGACGUAUCAAUUAACUGCGGCUCGACCGGCAUUUUCCCGGCGCCCAACGGCCGGGAAUGGGUUGGGGACAUCACAAACCCGAAAUCUGCUUCGAUUAUGCAAAUAAAAGGCCACUCGACAACCUCAGCGGCUAACGGCAAGUUAUUAUCCAGCAACCGAGUCCCCUACGGAUCGUCAAGAAUUUCCCGUUCGAAAUUCGUGUACGCAUUCCGAGUGGGCCCGGGCCCGAAAAUCCUCCGCCUUCACUUCAACCCGGCCCAAUACAAUGGCUUCAAAGGACUUGAGGACUUGUUCACGGUCCAAGCCAGCCCAUUUACCUUGCUCGGCAACUUCAGUGCUUCGCUCACCGCAUGUGCCCUCGGAGUGAAACCUUUCACGAAAGAGUUCUGUUUGUUCAUACAUAAAAACGAGCAGUUUAACGUAAGUUUUACUCCAGAACCGGGUUCAUAUGCAUUUGUGAACGGCAUCGAGAUUAUAUCCGUGCCGGAAAGCAUAUCCUAUUUUCACAAUGGAGACAUCGGAGUUCAAGCGGUCGGCCGAAACUCCCCUGUCCACGUAGACCGCCACACGGCACUUGAGUUAGUCCACCGGCUAAAUAUUAUCAAAGAAAGUUCCGUGCUGGCCGGUGGAGAUCUUGACGACACGUUUCUGACGUGGGAUUUGCGAAGAGCCGAAGAGGUGAAAAAGCGAACGUGGGAAGUACCGGUGGAUGUGGGAUUCAGGUACAUGAUCAGACUUCAUAUCUCACAAAUGGGACUCAAGAUUAUUCCAAGGACAAGUGAUUAUAAACUCCUCAUCAACGAAGCAAUUGCUCUCACGAAUAUCGACUUAGCAAACGAACCUAGAAACGACAGGAGAAGGUAUUAUUACAAGGACUACCUAGUGACAAUGAGGGGGCAGAAAGAAGAAGGAAAACGUCGACUCUCGAUUUCUCUGCAUUCCCUAGACGGGCUUCAACUUCUAUCCGGGUUUGAAAUAUUCAAACUUACCAACCCGGACAAUAGUCUCGCAAGCCCGAAUCCCUUUCCUCCACCAUCUCAAAACCCAUCGUCCAAAACCACCCGCAUUUUUGCCUCGACCUUCCGCAACACCAACGCAUUUUCGUUCGCGGCCUUACUCGUAAUUUCCCUAGCAAACAUCAUCGCAUACAAACUGCGCGAGAAUUCGGAAGCUUAUAACUUAGCUCGGGAGCCUAACAACAACAACAACAAGCCUUCCGCCAGAGCCGAACGUCUCUGCCGCCGUUUUUCGCUCGUCGAGAUGCAAUUCGCCACGCGGGACUUCAACGGCGGGCUUCUAAUCGGGAGGGGCGGAUUUGGAAAAGUCUACAAGGGCAACAUCAUCGUCGAUAGAGGAGGACGAAAGUCGGUUGCCAUCAAGAGGCUAAAACCUAACUCGAGCCAGGGGGCCCACGAGUUCCUGAUGGAAAUCGAGACGCUGUCCGAGCUUCGUCACGCGAAUCUAGUUUCUCUCAUCGGCUACUGCAACGAACACAGGGAGAUGAUUCUCGUGUACGACUAUAUGCCAGGUGGCACGCUGGCCGACCGUCUUUACAGGCUUCGGAGGACGAGCGGCAGCUGUCCACCGCUGAGCUGGAAGCAACGUCUCGACAUCUGCAUCGGGGCAGGACGCGGGCUCGACUACCUCCACACGGGCCACGGAAUCAUACACAGAGACGUGAAGAGUACAAACAUCCUGCUCGACGAGAACUUGGUGGCUAAGGUCUCGGAUUUCGGCCUGGCCAAACAGGAAGACAGGAGCAAGCUGCAGAGCCACGUCAGCACGCGGGUCAAGGGCACAAACGGGUACAUGGACCCGCAUUACCUCCACACCCGCAAGCUGACGAGGAAAACCGACACGUACGCUUUCGGCGUGGUGCUUUUCGAAAUGCUGACCGGGCGGCCUGCGGUGGAUCUAAGCCUUGUGGAGGAAGAAGAACACAUUUUGACGAUAUGGGCACGUGACAGAAUAAACAAGGGAGAAGUCGAGCAGAUAGUGGAUUCGAGUCUAAAGGAGGAGAUUUUGCCGGCAAGUCUGAAGACGUUCGUGGGGAUUUCCGAGAGGUGCUUGCGAGAGGACCCAAAGAGUCGGCCCACGAUGGCUCAGGUCGUGCAGCAGCUUGAGCUAGCGCUCGAGCAGCAAGACAGUGAGGUAACGAGUGCUUCACAUGAAGAAAGGAACUCGAUUAGUGAUGGGCAAUCACCAAUGGCUGAUCGACACGUGGAGGAUUUGGAACCUUCACGUGAAGAACAAACGAGAAGACGAGCAGUUACUACUACUGAGGUUCCACCUGCAAGAAGAGAUGAGAGGAAACGAAAGCCGUUACGACUUUGGCCGUGGGAUGCGUUUUGGAACAAAGUUAAACAGCCCAAGAAAACCAGUUUGUUAUCGGAGGUCGGGGAUGAAGCGAACAUAAGAGCGACCAAAUACGACUGGGACAUGAUUGCAGCUGCCACCAAUCAGUUCUCUAGUGAUCGUAAAAUCGGACAAGGUGGAUUUGGCUCUGUGUAUAAGGGAGUGUUGCCCACAGGAGAGUUAGUUGCAGUCAAAAGGCUUAAAAAUGAUUCUACACAAGGCCACGUUGAAUUCAUGAACGAGAUUCAUUACCUUCCCGAUCUUCAGCAUAGAAACAUCAUCAAGCUACUCGGCUAUUGCAUUCAUCGAGAAGAAAAGCUGCUUGUUUAUGAGUUCAUGGAGAAUGGAAGCGUGGAUACUUACAUAGGAGAUGAAGUCCAAUGUGAUGUUCUCCCAUGGGAAGUACGAUUCAAAAUCAUAAAAGGGAUUGCUCGAGGACUUGUAUAUCUCCAUCAAGAUUCGGGACUCAGGGUCAUUCAUAAGGACCCGAAGUUAAACAACAUCUUACUAGACUCUGAGAUGAAUCCGAAAAUUUCAGACUUUGGACUGGCCAGGACCUUAGCAGAAAGUGAUUCUCAAUCAGAGACCACCCAGUUAGCCGGGACCUAUGGGUAUAUUGCUCCAGAACUCUUCGUGAACUCAAAAUAUUCAAUUAAAACCGACUUGUACUGCUUUGGGAUCGUGAUUUUGGAAAUCGUAAGUAGCAAGCGAGUGGCUAAUUGGUGGAGAAUGAACUCAACAUUUUUGGGCAAAACCAUGGACUUUCGUGGCUAUGUAAGUUGUGUUCUUGUGUUAAGUCAUAUAAUCACAUUCUAAGCAACUAUCUAUAGGAAACAAGCUAUUUUUC